AUGGAACGUCUUUACCAUCUUGGGAGGACACAGUGGAAGGUAAUAGUAUGGAGAGUGACUGUUGUUAUUGGGAAGGAGUUGAAUGCAACGAGACUAGAAGCUCAUGUAAUUAAGCUUUCCCUUAACUCUACAAGGGACCGGCUUUUAGGAGAUUGGUAUUUCAAUGCCUCUUUGUUUCUUCCCUUUAAAGAGCUCCAAAAUCUCGACUUAUCUGAUAACCAGCCUGUUGGCUGGUUUGCAAAUGAAGGUUUUGAAAGAUUAUCUGGGUUGAGCAAGCUGGAGAUUCUUCGGUUGGAUUGGAAUCGCUAUGAUAACAGUGUCCUAUCCUCUCUCGGAGUGCUUUCAUCACUUAAGAGAUUAUACAUGAGCAACAGCCAAUUGAAUAGAUCUGUUCACUUACAAGGGGCAUUGCCAUCUCUUAGGACGAUAAGCCUUAGUGUGGAGGGAUUGGUCACCAAAAAAGUUGGUAGUAUUGCCCAGUCUCCCCUUAAUAGCCUCACUUCACUAGAAUCAAUUUCCCUUUCAUAUAACCACUUCAUGAUCCCGUUCUCAUUUCCCUUGUUUUUUAACCCUUCAAAGCUUGAGGUCAUUUUAAUUGAUAACAACAUAUUGAACCUCGAAAAUGAAUCUCAAUCAUGGAUUCCAAUAUCUCAACUGAAGGUUUUUAGUUCCUCAAAUUGA